AUUCAAAACAAAUAAAAAAAGAAACGUUCUUAAUCUUUUGUUAAUCAAAUAUUCACGUCACAAUUGUUUUAACUAUAGAAAAAAAAGAUUCACUUGCUUAGAGAGCACAAUCGUCAUCAUCAUCAUCAAUGUUAUAAACCUGAUGGAUAUUGUGUGUUGUUGGGGCAGCACAGAUUGAAGCCAGCAGCACCAGCACCAGCAACAACAGAGACGUGCUUGGGUUGUAUAAAAUUGAAAACAAAUCAUUUUUGAUGCUUAGUCGCGUUCGUUGUUGUGCCGUCGCGUCGCAUCGUUGUCAACUUAAAAAUAGAAAAAGUUCCAUAUUAAAAAUAACUCUCAAAGGCGGCGCGCGAAAAUCAGUCAGUUAUCUUUUAUAAACGGUUUUAAACUUUUGUCCAACAACGACCAACGACGGACGGUUACUUUUCUGUAUAACUGCUGCACUCUGGUGCUUUUGUUCAAUUAGAAAAGUUUAAAAAAAAAAAUCUAAAACACAAUGACGAUAGUUUGCAGUGAAUUUACAACGAUAGUUUGUCUGAGUGUUUGCAUUUUAUUUCCCGGAAUUUUGGCGCUUCAUUUAAAUUCGCCCGAAACCGUUGAUCAUUUAACUUUUCCAGCUGAAAAUGUCACAACAGGAAAUAGUGUUCUCUACGAGCCAGCAUCAGGAAAUAUCGAACCUCAUCCUACCACCAUCUUGGCUGACAGCCAGUUAAUGGAAAAUAAUGACCCACCAGUGCGAUAUGACGAGGCUGAGUUAUGGAGGAUAUACAAUAUUUCCAGUCUCAAAAAUCCAUCACAAAUGCCACAAUUUUUAGAGAGUAACUUUGGUGGAAAUGUAUGGAAGGAGAAUUCAAACUUUUUAGAUGUAUCAUUUGCUAAAGAAAAUAUCAAGAAAGCCAGAGGUUUUUUACAUGAAUUGAAUGUUUCAUCAGAGGUUCUCAUUAAGAAUAUACAAAGUUUAUUGGACCAAGAAGCUUCUGGAGAGGAUUUUAAAUCCACACGAACAAAAAAAUCAAGUGGAGAAUAUCGCAGGAUGAAUUGGGAGGAAUAUCAGGACAUUGAUGUGAUUUAUGAAUUUAUGAAAGAAAUUCGUUUGGCUUAUCCUGAAUUGUGUCGAUUGUAUACGAUUGGAAAGACAGCUGAAGGACGUGAAUUGAAGGUUAUGAGAAUUUCAGAAAAUCCAAAAGACAAUACAAAAAUAUGGAUCGAUGGUGGUAUUCAUGCACGUGAAUGGAUUAGUCCUGCUGUUGUAACACACAUUAUGGACAAUUUAUUAUCCAAUUGGUCGACAUUGCCAAAAUAUCUAACAUCCAAAACAUGGUAUAUAAUGCCUGUUAUGAAUCCCGAUGGUUACAUGUACAGUCGAAAACAUUCACGUUUGUGGCGAAAGAAUCGUUCAAAAACCAAUCGGCAAUCUUGUCGUGGAGUAGAUUUGAAUAGAAAUUUCGAUAUUAAUUGGAAAGGCCCAGGUUCAUCGACAAAUGCCUGCUCGGAUACAUAUCGUGGUGCAUCACCAGGUUCCGAGUUGGAAACACAAGCAGUUGUUAAAUUUUUAAGUCGGCGUACGAAAAAUCUGGGAGCCUAUUUGACUUUCCAUAGUUAUGGUGAGAUGAUUGUGUAUCCAUGGGCUUAUAAGAAGGCAAAAGUAAGAGAUCAUAAGGAAUUACAAGCAGCUGCUCAAUUAGCAGUUAAUAAUAUUAAAAAGGAAACAGGACGUGCUUAUAGAGCUGCACCUACUUAUGAACUUUUGGGCGUUGCAGGUGGUGGUUCAGAUGAUUGGAGUAGAGAUUCAUUAGGAGUAAAAUAUGUGUACACUGUGGAGUUAAGAGAUCGAGGAUAUUAUGCUUUUGUCCUACCCAAAGAACAAAUUAAACCAACAUCAAAAGAAGGAUGGGCUAUAGUUGAUUCGAUAGCAAGGUUUUUCUAAAUUGUUGAUGAUGAAAUAAAUGCCAUGAAAUUUUUAUAUAUUUA